CAGAGGUUUCCAAUAUGGCGGAAGGCUACGGCGGAAAAUGAGGAGGACGAGAUCAGUGCAGUGUAUUUGGUGAAAUUUUGCGGUGUUUUUUUUAAAAUCCAUUUUAAAUGCAGACACAAACUUCUAGUUUCCUGGCCUUCGGAUUACAGACGUUUUAAGGAACCGUGCAAUAUUGGCAGCUGUUCUAAGCGGAAGUUGAAAGUUAGCUAACUAGCCUGCUGUCCGUCCACCGAACUUGUGCGGCAGUUGGCAAAAAUAACAUAAUCCUCUCCAGUCGGGUUCCUCCGACGGUUUAUCACACUUAAUCAUCUCAGCACUGCUGCUCAUGUCUGCCUUCUUUUAUCCAGGGAGGAAGUGCUGAAGAGCGUUAUUAUUAUUGCUAUUAUUAUUAUUAUUAUUAUGGAUGUCCGAGUGCUCGAGGUGUAAUUUCUCCAUCGAGCCUAGCUCGGUUGCUAGCAGAGCGAAUCACACAGACCCGGAGUGACCCGCUAUUAACUACCAUCAAUCUUAGAUUAGUUGGUUUGCUCAUUCAUAACAAACACUAGUCUUAGCUAGCCAUCCUCUGACCAGACCUCAACUUGGAACGAGGACGCUUUUUCGCUCCACAGUCUCCUGGACAUUACUGGACUCUUUGUAUUUUGGCUGUUGUGUUAUGGUAAACCCUGCAAGCUGAUCUGGUGGUCACGUCCACUUGGAGUUCUUCUUCUUUUUUUCUUCUUCAUUUUUACUUUUAUUUUCUUGUGACCAAAAGACUUGGUCAGAAUAACAAGCCAUGGCUCGUCACUCUCCUGUCCAGAGAGGACUUCCAGGCAUACAGAAUAUUAAAACCGACCCAGAAGAGCUGUUCACUAAGCUGGAGAAGAUCGGUAAAGGUUCAUUUGGAGAGGUGUAUAAAGGAAUAGACAAUCGUACCCAGAAGGUCGUGGCCAUUAAGAUCAUUGAUCUGGAGGAAGCAGAAGACGAGAUUGAGGAUAUACAGCAGGAGAUCACAGUGUUGAGCCAAUGUGACAGCCCCUUCGUUACAAAGUAUUAUGGAUCAUAUCUGAAGAGCACAAAGUUAUGGAUCAUAAUGGAGUAUUUAGGAGGAGGAUCAGCAUUAGAUUUGCUGGAGCCAGGGCCACUGGAUGAGUUCCAGAUUGCGACUAUACUGAGAGAAAUCCUCAAGGGCCUCGAGUACUUGCAUUCAGAAAAGAAAAUUCACAGAGACAUUAAAGCUGCUAAUGUGCUGCUGUCAGAGCAGGGUGAUGUGAAGCUGGCUGACUUCGGCGUGGCAGGCCAGCUUACGGACACUCAGAUCAAGAGGAACACGUUUGUGGGCACUCCAUUCUGGAUGGCACCUGAGGUCAUAAAACAGUCAGCUUACGAUUCAAAGGCAGAUAUCUGGUCGUUGGGUAUAACUGCGAUAGAGUUGGCCAAGGGAGAGCCACCCCACUCUGAACUGCACCCCAUGAAGGUUUUAUUCCUCAUCCCAAAGAACAACCCGCCAACUCUGGAGGGAAACUACAGCAAACCGCUAAAAGAGUUUGUAGAAGCCUGUCUCAACAAGGAGCCGAGCUUUAGACCUACAGCCAAAGAGCUGCUGAAACAUAAGCUUAUUGUACGUUACUCUAAAAAGACCUCGUACCUCACAGAGCUCAUUGACCGGUACAAGAGGUGGAAGUCUGAGCAGAGUCGAGACAAUUCCAGCUCUGACGACUCUGACACGGAACAGGAUGGCCAGGCCUCAGGUGGGAACGACUCUGGAAACGAUGAGUGGAUCUUUACCAUGAGAGAGAAGGACCCCAAAAAAAUCCAAAAUGGAAUCAUGCAGCUUCAGGACGACAGCGAGGUACAGAGCAGUGUGCAAAGGCCUUUGUCCCAGAGCUUGUCAACUAUUAUAUCUCCACUGUUUGCAGAACUGAAGCAGAAGGGUGAGGCAAGCAAUGGAAAGCCAGAGGCAGUGGAGGAGCUGAGGGAGGCCAUAUUCCUGGCAGAAGAGGCAUGCCCUGGCAUCUCCGACUCCAUGGUCACAGAACUAGUACAGAGACUGCAGAGGUUUGCGGUUCCCCGGGCCUCAUCUCACUGACUGCUUGCUGUGGAUACUCCUCUCUUUGCCUCCUAGUGCAGCCUCUCACACACAUACACACUCUCACUCAGCCUGUACCUGGCACACACACUUUUUUUUAUUAUUAUUAUUUUAAUUUUUUUAAAUAAAACAUAUCAGGUGAAUGGGUAGUGUUGUAGUGAGGCUUGGCUGGGCUUAGACUCCGAUUCAGGCACACCCCUUCUGAGAGCAGUUAACCUUAUUUAGCAUACAGCACACAGGGGCAGAGCAGCAGGUGGUUGCACCAGCCAUGUGCAGGUUCUUUCCAAACUGCAUGUGUAAAGCAAUUUGCAUCUUAAUGACGCGAUUUUAUUCUUAACUGUCGAGCGAGUGCAGAUUCAGUUGCAGCAAUCAGUUAGAAACUAAAUCAACUCUCAUGUCAAUUACACUGAUUCAUUAAUCCCUUUUACCCUCUAGCAAAAAGCGAUGGCUAGUUAACAUUUCACUAGAGAAUGUAAUUCAGAACUUAGUUGAAAUGCAAGGAUCGGUUGUUGUAUGUUAGGUGUACAUGAGUUUAAGUAUUAUUUUAUAUUGUUUUGUGUUAUCAGCUGGUCAGUUUUAGGCAAUAACCUGUUUUAUACUUGUCCCUUCACUAGUGUACGUAUUACACUAUGGUGCAUUUAAUACAAGCUGUGCAAAGUAGACAGUUUUAUUAGAACUUGGGAUUGUUUGGUGCAAGCCAGUCACUGAAAGUGCAGUGUGUGAGAUCUUUCAGAGGUGUGUGUGUGAGUGAGAGUGAAUAAAUGAGUGCUGUAGGGUUCCAGCAGUGAAGUUGUGGUGAUCCUCCUUAUUUUUAUUUUUAUUUUUUUUUAUUUUUUUUAAACUCAGGUAUUCUGCUCUCAGUAACCAGAGUCUUCUGAGAGGCAGACUGAGCAUGCUCAGCUGGGUGUGUAAAUGUGUGUGUACAUAGGCUUACAAACAUGUCAUGGAGGUACGCUAAUGAAAACACUGUGUUAAAAAUGGCCAACUGCUCCUGUAGAUACUGUUCAUGAAGAUAUAUAUGUAAACUGGCCAUCACUGAGAUUGCCUUGUCUUUUAGUUUGCAUUUUUAAAAAAAAAAAAAAAAAUCAUUUGAUUCAAAUUGACCGCUGCCAUCGGACCCGUUAUCACACGUUCUUCUCUACCUUUGCGGUGCCAUUCAUACUCUCCUAUUGUUUCCAUUUGUUAUCAGUUCUAGAGUCUAAAAUAUGUUUAUAAAAGUUCCAAGCCCAUUUUAUUUUGAUCAUUUCAGUCAUGGAAAAGUAAUGCUGUAUGCUAUGAUUUAUUAUUAUUAUUAUUAUUAUUAUUAUUAUUAUUUUCUUUCUUUAAAAGCUCCAGAAAAUUUCACCAAACUGGUCCUUUUGAUUUGCUGUAAAACUCGUCAUAUGCCGCUAAAUCCUCACGUCUUCCUGGGAACUGAAACGGUACAGCGCGUACCAACUGCUUGAAUUGCACUUAGAUAACUGCCUUCUAAUGAUACGUGAAUUAGCCAUAAGACAUAAGCAUGAGACUUGUACAGUGCAUUUCACCUCCAUACAUAUAGGACCGCUGAUGUGAGCACCAUUUAUGACGUCCACGAAGCCUAGUGUGUUAACGCACAACUCGCAUUGGUGCAUUUUAUAUCUCUUCAUUGCCCAUGUACAUUUAGUGUCCAUAGUGAAAAGCUUAGCGUCAGCAAACGUGUUGUGGUAGAACUGCACUUGAACUAACCUUCAGUCUUGUUUGAACCCGCUAACUGGCCAACGAUGCGGUUUUUCAAACGUUAAUCCAGCGAUUAAACCUGUAGCUUCACGAUAGCAUGGGAAUCCGAGCGUGAGGCGAUUCUAGAUAAAUCUCGUUUCUAAUUGUUUGGGGACAUGGAUGCUAUCACAAGCAUGAUGCAUGUGUGUAGCAAGUGUUUCAAAUCCUGAAAUCCAGCUGUUUUUUUAAAAGCCUUGAAUUUUAGAGCUUUUUCAAUUGCGCACUUUGAGUUAUUAAAAACCAGUUUGGGGGAAAGCGGUUCAAGACUGGAAAUUCUAACAAAUUCUUCACAGUGGAGCGUGUCUUGUACUAGGCUGUCAUGUCUGUCGGAGUUGAAGUUGGACACCAGGAUUUAGAAAGCUUUGGAGGAGAACAAGACCAUGGUGCCGACCAUAAAACCACUAAAGGCAAAUUCAGAGUACCAGAGGAUUGAAGUUUGUGUCAUCUAGUCACGUGCAAAGUAACUUCUGCUUAUAUAUCGUCUUAAUUCUAAUAAUGCAUUAUGCUUAUAAUGCGUCAUAAAAGACUACCAGUAUAGACUUGCUCUUAAAGAUCUCAAGACUAGUGUGGAAUUUUACGUUUAAAAAAUAAAAACCGAACUCGUGUUCUUUAAAUAAGACUGGUUAAUGAUGAUCUGCUUAAAGAAACAAGAACUGAAAGACCUUUUUUGGCAAGUGAAGCUGUUCAAAUCAUUGCUGGUUUAAUGUUAGUGUUUCGUGUAUCCAAAACCCAUAGAUGGCAUUUUAACCGAGGCAGAAACCUGCACUCAUGUUCAGACUCCUGUCCUGUUGUCCGUUUACCACAAAGUGCUUCCCCCUCCUUUUCUUUUUGCACCCUUUUAGAAUUUUUGUUUUCCCCCCUAUUAUUGAUAUUUGCACCUUUUCCACUUAGAGUCUGAAUGUGUCCCUGUGUGUAAGCUGUAAUUUUACUGAGAUCACGGUUUUUGUCUUGUUUAUCUUUGCGACUGAACUUUCUUGAGUAUGGCAAUAAAUUAGGCUGUCAGGUUUCUUAGCACAGAUAUAUUCUAUGGAACAGAAUUCAAUAUUUUUAUAAGUGUAAAGUGCAGUAUUAUCUCUCGAAUGAAUUACACCAUAUGCUAUCUAACUGAUUUUCAAUGUAAUUUUCUGUAACAUUGCUGAGUGUAUAGUCUUGUACAUAAUUCUUGCUUUUGUCAUCAAAUACCAAGGUACUGAAUUCCUUGCAAGCUUUCAAGUGAUUUUAAGAAAAAUAAAACAAUGAUAGUUUGAUUUGUCUACUGUUUUAACUGUGCUGGUGGGGGAAUAAGAUUUUAUGUGUUUUUGUUUGUUUUUAUGAGCAGAACGUCCACUGGAUCUACUUCAUCAGUUUCCAUGCAGAUUAACUCGUUUACCGCUCAGUA